AUCACCCUGAGCUUCUGUCUGCCCGCCGUCUUUGACAUAUUUGGCAAAAAGGAUAUCGUCCAACUCGAGUUGCUUGCUGAUUCUUCUGAUUUACCACAACAGACAACUGGGGACCGGACCUAUGCCUCAAUAGUGAGAAUGUUAGCCGUCUCAGCCCUCUCCAUCAUUGGACUGCACAUAACAUGUCUGAAAGCAAGCAGUAUGAUUGAGUGGGAGGAGCUGACAUGGUACUUCCUCAGUGCAAGUGCCCUCUCUCUAUUCUUGGCUGUGAUGAUCAUUGCCCACCCCGCGAACGACCAUUUUCGUGCUCGUGGCACACGUUUCCUCUCAAUCGCAUUCAUCCUCAGUGUUGAUCGUUUCGCUUUGCGUGAUAUAAACACGACGAACGGCAAGUGGAUCCAUCUGCCUCUUCUUCCGGACUGGAUGUGA